GCAGUUGUCGUAUCUUCAAUCAUGAAUGAUGGAGGCGAAUGUUUUGAUGGAGUCUAGAGUCUAAAAUAAGGCUCGGCUAUUGUAUCGUGAAACACAGCUGCGGCAUCAACCGGCGUUGUGUUGUGUGCAGUAACAGGCCUGAGACGAGUCUAAUUUGACUAAGCGAGAAAGACUCGGUAAGCUAAUAUCAUUUGCUGCGGCGGCCUAGCUAACGUUAGCUAGCGGGUUAAGUUGGGACAGUCCUUCAUUUAAUGAGCUGACUGCGAGGCCCUCUUUUAACCUGCUUUGUUUUUCACGAUACUACAGAUUCACCGGCAAUUAUUUCAUUAUCUGUGUGGCUAUAUUGAUCCAAGAUUAUCUUACCUUUAAUUGAAGUAAGCUCGUCGGAAAGCGCGAGUACGGCUCCUUGAGACCUAAUCAAGAAGUGGUUAUCCAUGUCCACGAGUUACUGCGGAGUAAUCAUAAUUAAUAACAUCAGCAAACAUGUCUUUAGUGGCCUAUGGCAGCAGUGAUGACAGUGACUCAGAGGAAGCCCCGACCUCUGCGGCUACGGAGAGCAGAGUCAGCGCAGGGGGGCUCUUCUCAGUCCUGCCCGCUCCUAAAAAGUCAGGAUCGGCAGGAGGAAACUAUGGACCAAGUAAGGAGACAAAAGCGAACUCUUCAGUGGGCGACCGCACGUCAAACGAUGACCUAGAUCCUCAGCCAUCUAAAGGCGGCUUAUUUUCUAGUCUGCCUAAGCCGAAGAAGCGAACAGAACCUGUGAAGAUCACUGUACCACAGAUCCAGAGACGGGAUUCAGACUCUGAUGACGACGAACCAGCAAAGAAGAAAGCACAACCUCAGGGUGCAGGUUCAGGCUUGUCUUCCCUUCUACCACAACCCAAAAACCUGACAGUGAAGGAGAUCGACAGACCCCUGAUUCCUCAUGCACUCACCAAGCGGCAAGAACCCAAAGGACCCAAGUCUGGGACUCUGGCUCAGGGUCUGCUCGGUUCCAGCGCAUCCCCUUCUGCUAUCAAGGCUGCGGCAAAGUCAGCCGCCCUGCAGCUGGCCAGACAAAUAGCCACAGACGACCAGGAUAACGAGGAGGACAUAACCCCUCAGAACUACUUUUCUCUGGGCGAGAGCUCCCAGCCUCUCCCCUCCGUCGUACCAAGCUUCGACCCCGAACCAGGAGCCCCUGCAGAGCUUCUUCCUUUUUCACCUGCAGAUGAGCCGGGUCAGUCAGACGCCCCUCUCGACUUUGGAGGGAGCCAUGAGGGAGCUGGUGCUUGGGGAGGUCAAUAUCCUCAGUAUCAGCAGCCCGAGGCAGGCCCAGAAGCUUUCCCACCGGGAUACUAUAAUGAACCAUACUACCAGGAUCCUAACCCCGGACUGGAAGAGGCUGAAGAGCCUGGCCACUCUGCCAUGUUUGAUGAUGAAGCGUUUAUGCGGCUGCAGGGGAAACGGAACAGGGGCAAAGAGGAGGUGAAGUUUCUGGAGAUCAAAGGGGACGACCAGCUGAGUGGCAACCAGCAGUGGAUGACCAAGAGCAUGACGGAAGAGAAGCAGAACCGUCAGUCCUUCAGCAAGAAAAAAGGAGAACAGCCCACAGGACAACAGCGACGCAAGCAUCAGAUAACAUAUCUCAUUCACCAGGCAAAGGAACGUGAGUUGGAGCUGAAGAACAACUGGGCAGAAAACAAGCUAACCCGCCGGCAGACCCAGGCCAAAUAUGGUUUCUAAAUGUCGUAGUGUGGACUCUUUGGGGGCAUUUGGAUACCCUGCAUCAGAAAGUAGAUUAGAGCUCUCCAGAUUUCUUUACUCAAAGACAAAACUUGUGUUGGGGACAAAACUAUACACAACUUAAUACAGAUUUUUUUCCCUCCUGCCCUCCUUCCUGUAUUUGUUUUGCACUGUUACUAUUCAGUAGUUCCUUUGGUCAACUGUUUUAUAAGGUGUCACUGUACCAAAAAUCCAGUCAUGGUAAAUAUAGGCGCUAUACCUACAUAACAGUGUUAUAGUGUUCUUAAGGCACCUGCAGCCAGUUGGUGGGAGAGAUGAUUUAAUGUGACCCUGAAGUGGCCAUUAUAAGUGUUUUCCUUUUGGAUGUGUCUGCUUCCUGCUCAUACAUCGCACUCUGAUGUAUGACUCCUUUUUUUGUUUGUUUGUAUUUUGUGAUUGACAGAUGAUGCUGGUUUGGUUCUCUGGCAGUCAUACAAAUGUUAGUAAAAUGUUGCCGUUGGAUAAUGAGGAAUGAACUGGAGUCAUUUGAAAGCUGUGACACUUAACACAUUUAUAUGGAGAAUCAACAACUUUGUGAUAAAAAUAAACAUGUUGGGUUACAUAGAGUGCGGUUGUUCAUAACAACUCAUUAAAUUAAGGGUGUUGAAGUUUUCCUUGUCUGUGUUGCUAUUAUUUUAUCCCUUAUUUUUUAAUUUUCUGUUGUGAAAGAGUCUGUUCUCAAGAAUUGUGACAUAAAGUGCCAGAGAACCAAACACGCGUUUCAGUAUCAGCUGGUUCUUCAGGUGCCAUCUGGCUAGAGAACCAUGUGAUUUUCACAUGGAACAGGAACUUUACCUCAGUUUAACCUGGCUGCAUCCAGCAUGCAUCUUAAAGAUUCUCCUAAAUCCCAACUAUGUGUCUUUUUACUAUCCUGAGUUGAUUCCAUUGGCAGUGAGGAAACACAUUUGGCGUCUUUAAGAUGCCUAAAGGGCGAAUGCUUUCAUGUCAAGUUGAUGUUUUAUUUUAGGUGGUCGAAAAGAAUCAGGAAUAUCUGCGUACGUGGCUUGUUCGCUGCCAGCGAGCCAGAAUGUUUAAAAUACACUGAAGACAUCUGUUAAGGGAAACUGCUAUGAAUUGUUCAGUGUGGUGAAACAAAAUGCUGCCAGUGUCUCCAGCUUUAGAGAAUAUUGCAGCUUUAUGCUUUUAUAACGGCUGUAAAGAUUGAUCUUGUGUCAGUCUUUCCCAACAAAACAGCCUUUUUAAAUGGCUCUACAUCAAAGCACUGACAUUUAUUUACCCUCUUUCUCCUCUUACAAAGCAAUGGGAGGUCCACCUUCCAGUAUAUUUUUGUUUUCCAAGCAGGAAAUGGAUCAUAAACCUGGAUUCAUGAGCCAGGUUGCUUCUACAUGCACUACAUUUCAUUACACGUGGGAUUUUGCAGAGACCUUCAUACGUAAACUACGGCAAGGUGUGGUGGGCGGCUCUGUAGUCAUCCACCAUCACAUGCACAACCCAAUCUGCCUCAAAACCUAAUCUGACUUUUGGCAGAAACAUACCAGCAGACCAGAGAUAUCUUUAUAUUGCUUCCAUACUGUAGAGCUUCUGCCAGCCCAGCACAAGCAGCCGACAGUCUGAAUACAGAUCCUCACACAUAUCUUAGUGACAGGAAGUUACGGAGCUUCAACUGAUUGAAUGUUUCUCGUGUGAGUUCCAGCUCGUUGUUCUUCUUGUACCUUAUCUUUGACAUCUCUGUUGCAAAGGGUGAGUGGAUGAGAUAACAUUUCUUUAAAAUUUACAUUCACAUUAUGCUUGGUUAAUUAUGCAUCUGUGUCUCCGGGGACAAAAACAAGCAUGUUUCUUUAUAAGAUUAAAGCAUACACCUGUGUCAGGCACUGAUCCUCCACAUUCAGUGACAAGCACAUCUGACGCCAUUGUUAGGAAAGAUGUUUUUUUUGUUUACCCUCUACUUUGUUAUGCGUGCUUUUCAGUUAAAUUUCGUGAAUAAAUCUUUUGCUUUCUGGCUCUGUA